GGAAGAGCCGAGUAGUGCGCGAGGAGCUUGGAGGGAGGGGCGCGAGGCCUGCCUGCCUGCCUGCUCGCGCGCCCGCCGGAAGUGAGCGCCGCCGCUGCCGCUGUGCCUUUUUCUGUGGCAGGGAAAAAAAGCCCGGCCGGCGGCUGACUGACUGAGUGACUGACUGAGGAGGAGAAGGAAGGGGAGUCUCCUCAGGAGGGCCUCCAACGAAACCGGGGCGCCGAGAGGAGAGAGAAAGAAAGAAAGAAGAGUAGGAGGAGCCGCCGCCACAAUGGAGCAGCUGUCUGAUGAAGAACUAGAUCAUGGUGCCGAAGAGGACAGUGAUAAAGAAGAUCAGGAUUUGGACAAGAUGUUUGGAGCUUGGUUGGGAGAAUUAGACAAACUCACACAGAGUUUGGAUACAGACAAACCCAUGGAACCUGUAAAAAGAUCCCCUCUUCGCCAGGAAACUAAUAUUGCAAACUUCUCCUAUCGCUUUUCUAUGUACAAUCUCAAUGAAGCCCUGAAUCAGGGAGAGGCCGUGGAUCUUGAUGCUCUGAUGGCCGAUCUUUGUUCCAUAGAACAGGAACUCAGUAGCAUUGGAUCACAGUCUGCAAACAGUAUGUCAAUGAAACGCUUUGCGGCAGAUGGAAAAAUGGCUCAAAAACCACCUGGGGGUAGUCGGGUUGCUGCCAAACACAGCAGUAUGAAAGGAUUGUCAUCUUCAUCAUCUAGUAGGGUAACAAAGCCUUCACAUGCUAUCUUUUCUCUGGAUGAUAUUACUGCACAGCUAGAAAAAGCAUCUCUGAGUAUGGAUGAAGCUGCUCAGCAACCUGUAAUGGAAGACAGCAAACCUGUAGUUGCUACCCAACAUAGGAGAACAGCAUCGGCAGGUACUGUGAGUGAUGCUGAAGUCCGUUCUAUCAGUACUUCCUCCCGCUCUAGCAUCACGUCAGCAGCCUCCAGUAUGGACUCCUUAGACAUUGAUAAGGUGACAAGACCUCAGGAACUGGAUUUGACUCAACAAGGGCAACCAGUUAGUGAGGAGGAACAAGCUGCAAAGUUAAAGGCUGAAAAGAUCAGGGUUGCCUUAGAGAAGAUUAAAGAAGCACAAGUUAAGAAGCUUGUAAUACGAGUGCAUAUGUCUGAUGACAGCUCCAAGACAAUGAUGGUAGAUGAAAGGCAGACAGUACGGCAAGUGCUGGAUAACUUGAUGGACAAGUCUCAUUGCGGGUUUAGCUUAGACUGGUCUCUGGUGGAAACCAUCUCAGAAUUACAAAUGGAGCGAAUCUUCGAAGACCAUGAAAAUUUAGUUGAAAACCUCCUCAACUGGACAAGAGACAGCCAAAAUAAACUUAUGUUUGUUGAACGUAUAGAAAAAUAUGCACUUUUCAAAAAUCCUCAAAAUUAUCUUCUUGGGAAAAGGGAAACCUCUGAAAUGGCAGACAGGAACAAAGAAGUACUACUGGAGGAGUGUUUUUGUGGAAGCUCAGUAACAGUGCCAGAGAUUGAAGGGGUGUUGUGGCUGAAAGAUGAUGGCAAAAAGUCUUGGAAGAAACGUUACUUUCUUUUGCGAGCUUCCGGAAUCUAUUAUGUUCCAAAAGGGAAGGCAAAGGUUUCGCGAGAUCUUGUCUGUUUUCUUCAGCUAGACCAUGUCAAUGUUUACUACGGGCAAGACUAUCGCAACAAGUAUAAAGCCCCUACAGAUUACUGUCUAGUACUAAAGCAUCCUCAAAUUCAAAAAAAAUCCCAAUAUAUUAAAUAUUUAUGCUGUGAUGAUAUAAGAACCCUUCAUCAAUGGGUAAAUGGCAUCCGUAUUGCUAAGUAUGGAAAACAACUGUAUGUAAACUAUCAAGAAGCUCUGAAAAGGACAGAAUCAGCAUAUGAUUGGACAUCCCUAUCCAGCUCAAGUAUUAAGUCAGGGUCCAGCUCAUCCAGUUUGCCAGAAUCUCAAUCCAAUCAUUCUAAUCAAUCCGAUAGUGGACUUUCAGAUACCCAAAUCGGACAUGUCCGUUCGCAAAGCAUUGUUAGUUCAAUCUUUUCAGAGGCCUGGAAACGGGGUACUCAGCUGGAAGAGUCCAGUAAGAUAAGUGCUAGAAUGGACUCAAUGAACCGACCCUUUCCUCCGUUUGCCCCACCUUUGUCUCCACAGACUAAAACCGCUGCCCCAUUCACAGCCUCACAACCAUCGCCCCCCCCCCCCCCCCCCCCCCCCCCCCCCCCUCCUCCGCCCCCACCCCCUCUCCCCAGCCAGUCUUUGUCAUCCGGAGGUGGAUCGGCCACAGUGUUUGUGAAGUACAGCACUAUAACAAGGUUACAAAAUGCUGCUCAGCAUGGUGGUCUUCUCUUCAAGCCAUCCCUUAUGAUGCACCAAUCAACACCACUCCCACCACCAGGAAAACCACAGAACCUCUUACCCCCAAAUGGAGUGAUCCCUCCACCACCGCCCCCUCCACCACCUCCUACUCCAGGAUCAGCCAUGGCACAGCUCAUGAAGCCAGUGCCUUCUGCCCCUUCAGUACCACUGUUCACACCGCCCCCACCUCCUGCCCCUCCUCUGAAAAUCCACCAGGUUCAUCAGAGCAUUCCUCAGCCUACUGCUUCGCCGCCGCCUCCUCCCGCAAUUCCUGCGCCCCCACCUCCGCAGGCUCCCCCUAAACCUGCUAUGACUCUACCUACACAAAACAGCACAAAAGCGGCCUCUCCUGUGGUGACUCAUCCCACACCCACAGCUCCUCUUCCUUCAGCAGUAAAGAAGCAGCCAAGUUUCACAGCCCCCCCAGCUCCAUUAUCUCCUGUCCCUCUGGGCCCUACUCCACCACCCACUUUACCCAAGCAGCAGAACUACUCCAGCAAGCUUCCUCCUUCCCCACAAUCCCCUGUACCAUCAGUUGUGAAGCAAAUAGCCAGCCAGUUCCCCCCUCCUCCCUUGCCCGUCUCAGAGCCCCAACCUUUAAAACCAGCCCCUCUGAGUGUGCCACCGCCAUCUCCUCCAGCAGUGAAAGCCAAGCCCAAAUGGCAGCCCACCUCUGCCCCCUCUCCUGACUUUCCUCCUCCUCCUCCCGAAAGUAGUUUGGCAUUUCCACCUCCACCUUCUCCUUCUCCCCUGGUAGUCUCUCCCACGCCAGAUAAGACAGGGGGUUCUCCAGUUAAAAAAGCUGGGAAGUCAUCCAGUCCUGGCGGAAAGAAACCACCCCCCACCCCACAGCGCAACUCCAGCAUAAAGUCUAACAGCUCGGCAGAGUAUCACGAGUCUAAAAGACCUUCUGUGGACAGCCUGGUUAGCAAAUUUGCACAUCCACCAGAGCCUUCAGGGUCUCCCUCCAAGGAGUCUCCAAAUCCCCCUGCAGCUCCUCCAAAGCCAGGAAAGCUCACUCUGCCUAUAGCACUUCAGCAAGCAGGGAUUUCAGCAAAACCACCUGGAAAGGGUGCCGUAGAAGAGUUUCCAUCUCCUCCAUCGGAUUCAGACUUUCCUCCUCCGCCUCCUGAAAUAGAUCUUCCUCUACCGCCCGUAGAGAUUCCUGCGGUUUUUUCAGGCAAUACAUCUCCAAAAGUGGCUGUUGUCAAUCCCCAGCCUCAGCCCUGGUCUAAAUCCUCUGUGAAGAAAGCUCCCCCUCCCACCCGCCCCAAACGUAACGACAGCACCCGACUGACACAGGCAGAGAUGGCGGAAGCACAGGUGACCACGACUGCCCCACAAGUGCCCACCUCGCCCAAAUCCAGCCUUAGUGUUCAGCCAGGCUUCCUGGCUGACCUGAACAGGACACUGCAGCGCAAGUCCAUCACCCGCCACGGCUCCCUCUCCUCCGCCCGGAUAUCCAGAGCAGAGCCAAUGGCAACCAUGGAUGACAUGGCUUUGCCCCCGCCCCCACCUGAACUUCUAACAGACAAACAGAAGACCAGCAGUUUUGGAGGUAGUCAUAUAUCAGGCUAUGCAACUUUAAGGAGGGGCCCACCUCCAGCACCUCCAAAGAGAGAUCAAAACACUAAACUGUCGAGAGACUGGUGAUGGAGGGCGAGACGCACACUGGCUUCUGGGAGACGCUACAAGCGUUAGGUCUGACGUGCUUGCAUUGUGACUCCUUGUCUGAUAUCCAUAAUCACAAGAAAAAAAGUGCUGUUAACAGUAGCUAUGAUGAUAGCAUUCACUUCCAGAAUCAGUCCAAAAAUGGUUUACUGUUUGUAUUUGGUCUUUCGGGGAGAAGAGUGGACUGAAAUCUUUCAGUUUUAAAAUCCUUCAUGUGGAGUGGACAAAACUAACACUUUUUCUUCCUGCCGUUCAGGAAAACAACUGUUGUCUGUCAGCGUGAGACAUGUUGGUGCAUGUAUUAUAAAUGUAGGUAUAUAAUAUAUUGUGAAAUACUUUGUUGCAGUUAUAGGGGAUAACCAGAAUGCUUUUGUACAUCUGUAUUUAUUGUUUCAGUCAACUGAUAAAUAUAGAUAUAUAUAUAUAGAUAUAUUACGAAAAUUUGGAUUGUGUAUCUUAACCAGAAAAAUCCUUUACCUUUGAAAAAUGAAGAUAUUAGGGGGCACUUUAAAUUGGCAAAGACCUUUUUGGGUAGUUGGCGACGGGUAUACAGCACUGACAGGUUAUGCCGGUCUCUGUACAUUGUCAGUUGAUUGAAAACUACAGACACAAACUACCAAAACAUUCUGGUUGUAAUACUACUGAGAUUUAGGUCUAUACAUAGAAAAAAUGCUGUACAGUGGUGCUGGAGUGAAAUAUAUUUGGACAAUAGAAAAGGGUUAAGAAGCGAGUGUAUGGAAUUAAAAUGCCCAACAAUUCACUUGCCCUUUAGUAGUUCUGUGCUCGCUCAGGAGUCAAUCCCAUUGAACACAGGACUUCCCUCUGCAUAAAAGCCUAGGAUCCAGCUGUAAGGCUGCAAUCUAGUCAUGCAGGUAGGGAGUGACUUUUAAAGACCCCAGUGGAGUCUACUUUGGCCAACUCAAGUUCUACAUAAAACAAAUAUCCUGUGUUCUGGGCUGCUUUUCUUUCUUUAUUUUCUUUUUUUUUUUUGAACUUGUAGCCUGUCAUCUUCCUUUGAAAGCAUUCUGGAUGAGCUGAAGCAUAUCUGGCUGCAAAUUUAAUUCAGUUUGGUUGACAUAUGGCAUUGCCAAUGUGUCAGUUCAGAUGUGGCAUGUAUACUUUGCAGGUUAAGGUUUAAUAUAAGUGUACAUGCAAAUACUACCCUUAUUUUUACAGUUGCUUACAAAAAGGGAGGCAUUGCUUAAGCAUUCAUCAAUUAAGUACCUGGAAGUCAGCACAGAGCAAAAGGCACAGUCCACCCCGAAAGGGGAGAUAUGACUUAAUUAAUGCAGUAAACUUCUCAACGCUUUGGUAAAGUAUUUUUACCAGAUUAUUUCCUUGGGUGAGGAAUUCCUAGAUCUGAAACACUAAGUACAAUAUACACAGUGCAAUGUACAAAACGCAGGUGGUAAAACUCUAAAUAUUGACUACUAAGAGGCAUUUAUCAUAAACUUCAUAUCAUGAAUGCUGUGAAGGAAGACUUUUUUUCUGUACUUUAAACAUAUUGGUUAGUUUGAAGAGAAUUGUGUCAAAAUUGGUGUGAGAAGUAUUGCAGUUUCAUCCAAACAUUUUGAAGUGUUAAGAUAUGGGAAGUUACUUAUUGGACUUAAGUGUUCAAACCGACUGUUGGCCCUGACCCAUUUGUAUGAUGAAGAAAAAUGUUUUCCAUUAGGAAACAUGUUGUCCUUAAAAAUAUAUAAAAGAAAAUGCAGACAUACUUGCCUUGGUACAACUUGGACCAAAAGUUUUAAAAGCAGAAAAAGUUUGGUGCUGUCACCUGAUGCUGAAUCUACUUUGGUUUCCUCUUCCUUCAAUGUGCCCUGGGCUUAGUCAUCCUGUUGUGGAAUACUUUACUUAAGCAAUAAGAAUAUACCAUUGUGUGCAUUUUUCAAGCACUGCUGUUGGGAGGCACCUUUUUGUAUCUUUUGAAGUGUUCAGAGUUUUUGUUUCUUCUAUUUUUGUGCUUAUAAAGUGUCCUUAACCAUUUGCAUUACAGCAUUUUAGCAUGUUUAAUGUGAUCUUGCUAAUGCCUUACACCAAGAAUGCGUUUGUUUUUUUAUAUCGGUAAUGCAUUUGGUGCUGACUUUGUUGUUCCUGCUGCUGCUUGGACCACGUGACACACAAAGCAAACACUUCACUUAAGUAAUGUGAAGUGUGGCCGCCUAGCAGCCAGGUGCUCAGGCCAGGAAUGGUAGACGUACACAGGACGGCCCUGGAGCAGAUACAUUUGUCCAAUGGCUCACUUCCCUUGCACACACACAUUUUAAUGUUGAACAUGUGUCUUGGGUAAUCUAUAGUUCUGCCAUGUUGACAAAACUGGCCAGUACCUGCUUAAGAUCCAAAAUCACUUGCAGUGACCUAACUGGUUUGGAACAUGAAUAUCUGUGUCCCGCUAAGCAUGGUUCUCUGACACGGCUUUUGCCCCAACAAGCAAAAAGCAACAGCAGAGUCAGAAAGGUGUCUUCUGUGCUAUCUUCCUCUGUGACUUCCCAGACUUUCCCUGGUUUCCCAAAAUUUCCCGGUGAGUUUAUAUUUCAAUAUUUCUUUAUUCCACCAAUACACCCUGGUACUGAUUGAUAAUGUAUUAUUUUUCUCAAUGUCUUUCUUCUGUUAACCUUGCUUUAAAGACUACCAAUGGCCUGUAAUGCUCAUGAGUGGCACUGAAAUAGUACAACGCACAUACACACUCAAAUCAUAAUCUUUGCAAAUCUCGAUAACAGGAUUGUUGUGGUAGCCUCUGACUCUAACUAAUGUAUCUCGACUACUAUGGUGCUUGCUGCCAUUUCUUUUCUGUGCCUCGGUUCUCUAUUUUGAAACACUAUUUAGUUAUUCAGACUAAUUCCCAAUUGAGUUUUCAGAUACUUCAAUGCCUCAUGGUUGCAAUUUUAUUCCAAACCUUGAAUGUUGUGAACUUGAUCCAGGGAACUAAGAUAUACUUUUUAACAAGCGUCACCUCAAAAUCACUAACAAGAAAACUAACAGUAUUUAAUUAGCACUAAAUGAGACCUGACAACUAGAAACCAGUAACAGCUGAAUUCAGCAACAUGAAGUACAAAUCCUACUUUUAUGCUUUUGUUUCAUUUUACUGAUUCCUAUGUUGACUAACAAAAUAUACAUCUGCGUAGCUUUUUUAAUAAAGAGUCAGAAAAGACACUACAGAUUGCUCUCAAAUAGUUUAUUUUAAGACGUUAAGUAGUAAAUGAGGUUUCAUUUGGAGAAAAGAACACAUAGUUAUAAGCUAGAGUACCGUGGCUCAAUAGAAAAUCAAACUUCUGAUUGUGUCCCUGCAUUUUGCAAAGACAUACAAUCAAAAUAUUUUUUCCACAGUGUUAUAAUUCUGGCUUGUUUUUAGCAGAGAUAUUAAGUAGAUGCUUCUGGGGUUCACUUAAACGUUUUUCUUCCCCCAAAGCUAAAAAUUGUGUUUAGAACAGAAUUGGAAAAGAAUCAAGUAGACAAUUGAAGAAUGGCAUUAAGUAGGGGGAUGAGUAUCAACCCCCUACUGCACUCAUCCCCUGGGCCUGCUAUUUAAUCACAGCACAUUUGCUUUUGGUAAUUACAUCCUAAUUUGUAAUUUAUCCCUUAGCAUAUACAGAAGCAAACUUCAUCCAAAGGUCAUUCCAUUUAAGAUAUGAAGCAGGCAUUAAAAACUACCCUAAGUCAGGAGAAUGCAUGUGUCCCUCUCUCUCAUAUACAUAUACACCCAAGUGUUGACAGUUUUAUUUAUUUUAUGAAAAAAAAAUACUGUAUGCACUCGAGGGGAGAACUCCUGUUAUCUUCCCCUCUCGCCUAAAACAUGAUGAAUCGGCACACUGGAGGAGGAGGUUCUCACUGGGAGAGGGGGCCAUUGGGGGCUAUAUUCUCCCCUAAGUAUAAGAAGUGUGCUAAUCCAAUUACAAAUAAAACAGGUAUUUAUAAUUUACAAUGUAAUGCAUACUGGACACUGUUAGGUACUAUGAUCCUUCCUCCUUCUUAGUUGUAUCUUCCUGACAUGCAGAAAGCACCCAUUCAGGGUAACCCUGUCAGUACAGUAGGAUGGUAGAAAUGUGUAUAACGUAGGUACUUCACACUGCUAUUGUCUGGUUGUGAAUUCCUUUCUUGUGGGAUUUCCUCACUGCCACACACUCUCCUUUGGAGGGGAGUAAGAACUGCCAUGAAGCACCUGCCUCGUACGCAACUUGCCUUACACCCUGUCAAUGGGGAAUGUAGGAAUAUUGCAGCAUUUCUAUAAUAAAGUAAAAAGCUAUCGAGGGAUGCAGUGAGCACAUGGCCAACCUCAGCAUCACUUUUUAGGGGCCCUUCAUACAUGUCCUCCUCAAGCUUCAAUAGGACAGGCCCAAAAUAUUUGGGAUUCUCUUUGUGGACCAAAGAAAAACAAGAUAGCGGAGGCAGUUCUCUUACAGCACCUAAGUUGCAGCCUUAUCACAGGCACAGGCCAUAAUACAAAACACAAAUACAAAUCAUGUGUGUUGCCUUUGUUUGAAUGUGGAAGGUCUCCUGUAAAAUUACCUAUUACUCACUUUGUGCUGCAGCUUAUUAUACUACCCACUAAGUAUGUACUUCACCUUCAGAAAAUGGAAGGAGUCAUUUGUCUGCUUUUUCCUGCUUUACAUAUUUUGUAAUUGUAAAUGUUAGGAUUGUAAAUUGUGGGAAAGAACAUUGGCGUUGUUUCUCAGCCAUUGGGAAAAGUCAAUGGUGGUGAUCCUUGUAACUGAAUUUACACAUGUGCAACACCCAUGUGGCAGCAAUGAUUUUUGUCCGUGCAACGGAUUUGUGCUAAAGUGCUGUAAAUACAUUAAUGUUUACUGCUUUCCAGGGGAAAAAUAUUGCACAUUAUCUUUGAAUGGGACUGCCUUCCCCAUCUCCUUUCCCUUUAAGAAAGAAAGCAAAGUUCAUUGCAAGUGAUAACUUAUGGUUGAGAAGAGGUUUGUUCUAUAUAAAUAUUCUAUAAAUAUGUAUAAAUAUACUUUUUUAAAGCAUGGGAGAAUACAAAAUGCGUUCAUGACAAAGUACUCAGAAAUCAUUAUACAAUGGAAUAUGCACACCUUAAUAAAGAUAUAGUUACAUUUA